AUGGAAGAGUCGGAGGAAUUUGUAAAGAAAGAAGUUGCGGCCGAACUGAAAGAACUAAAAUUAGAUGACCUAUUCAGACUUGGCAAGUACACGACGUUAGUGUCUAUAACGGCAGAAUUUUUGAUUUUAAUGCAGUUGGGCAACAUGUUCUACAUGAUGUAUGCUGGUAGGUUUUGAGCUGUUUAUGUUACUCUAUCCUACUUCACUUUAUUCUACUCUGCUUUAACGUACCUUACCCUUCCGUACCAUACAUUAUCUAAGUUGUCCUGAGAGGGGGCACAGAAUUAGUUGAACAACUUAAUAUAUUGCUAUAUUACCCUUACUUGACCUUGUACUCUAUCCUAACAUAUGCUCCUUAUAGGCGUAGAACCAGGCCUAAUAAAAUGUGGCACAGUAGACCUCCAGAACAUAACACAUCGUAACGAUCGCUGCGCAGCUUACCUUGCCGCUCGCAGUAAACAAAACUGUGUGCCAGAGUUUUCGAUACAAUUUAACAGUAUCAGUUCCGACUGGUCGUAUAUAUGCUCUGAUGUACGACAAGUAAAGAGUAGUAUAUCGUGGCAAAUGCUGGCUGUCAUACCUGGCUCAGUGAUCUUCGGUCAGUUAUCUGACCUGUACGGUCGAAGAAGAAUAAUGUUGAUAGCUAUCAUUGGAUGUAUAAUAUCAAUGGUACUCACAACUUACACUACCGACUUGUUCUGGUUUACCAUUGUGAGAUCGAGUACACAGUUGUUCAAUGGGGGUCUUAUGGCCAUUCAAAUGGUAUUUACAGUUGAGAAUCUACCUAAAAACCAUCGCUUUUGGCUGACAAAUCUGAUCACCUGGUCGCCCAAUAUGAUUAUCUUUGCUGGAAUGGCAUGGUACACUUAUAACUGGAGGCAUCUGUCUCUUCUGAUGGCUGCUUUGGCUGUGCCUGCUUGGGGCUUCUUGUUGUAGGUAUUACAUAUAUCUUUAUCUCGAACAUAUGCAAUGUAAACCUACAUAUACCAAUAUGAAUACAUAAACCUACCUUUCAGUUUCUUAUCAGAAUCGCCUCGUUUUCUGCUUCAGAAGCAUCGCUACGAUGAAGCCAAACGUACUCUACAGCGUAUCGCUCGUAUCGAUGGUGUUGUGCUGGCUGAGCAAGUUCUCGACCGUGUAGUCGAGAGCGAGAAGGCCCUUUUGGCACAGAAACGAAAGAAACGAUACUCGUUUGCACACCUCUUCUAUACCUGCAAACUGACGCGGUAUACCUUGGCAUUGGCCUUUACUCUGUAAGUAAUUACACCUUUUUUGAAACCUGAAGGGUCGCUACUUCGUAUUUUACAAAAUCAUACAGAUUUCUAAAAUUUAAAGACCUUACUUGUAGGUUAACCACCAGUAUGUUAAACUACUCCCUCUUGUUCAACAUGGAGAAGCUGAGUGGCUCCAUCUACCUGAACACCAUCUUCAUGGGUAUCUUCAGGUAUGGAGUCAACUUUGCUGCCAUUAUCGCUGACAAACGCUACAAAUGGUUGGGCAGAAAGGCGAUCCAUGGUCUAUCAGAAGUGGUAUCCAUCAUUGCUCUUAUACUACUGAUUACAGUAUACGUACUUGACGUACAAGCUCAAGUACGAACGUUGAUAACAUGUAUCAUCAUCCUGGUUAUGGGUAUGUCAACCUUGAUGUAUGUGACGACUGGUAUGUUGGCUAGUGAGCUGUUCCCGACUGGAAUCAGGAACAUAUCGUUCUCGUUUGGGCAGGUGUUCUCGAGGCUGGGGGUCGUGGUCGCUCCACAGUUAUUCUUCUUGGUAUGUUGGACUAUAAUACUUAUAUAUAUUUUACACCAAGAUAAUAUUUUACAAAGUGUGUAUAUAUCACAUACCAAGUUUUCAUCUGUUUAAUACUAUUUAAAAUUCGUCAAAAAUAUUGUUGUAGGCCGACAUCUGGAGCCCCUUACCUUAUGUAGCCCUUCUCGCCUUGUGUUCUAUUGACUUUAUCGUAUUCUACUUCAACACAGAAGAGACCAAAGGCAAGCCGAUGCCAGAAUCCAUGCCUCCAAGAGAGGAAAGCUGGCUCAGUCGAAAGAAAAUCGACCAAGAGCUUAUGGAUAUUGAGAAACGAGACAUUGCCGGUUGA